AUCCUUCAAAUCAUUUUAAAUUUUUCCACUCGUCCAACUUAUCAUCCUAAAAUCCUAAAAUCCAAUCCUCUUUUUUAACAUGGCCCGUACCAAACAAACCGCACGUAAAUCCACCGGUGGUAAAGCACCCCGAAAGCAACUCGCUGCCAAGGCUGCCCGAAAGUCCGCUCCUACUGCGAGUGCCGGAGGCGUCAAGAAGCCUCACCGAUACAAACCUGGUACCGUCGCUCUUCGAGAAAUUCGAAGAUACCAGAAGUCUACUGAGCUUUUGAUCCGCAAACUCCCAUUUCAACGUCUUGUUCGUGAGAUCGCUCAAGACUUUAAGACCGAUCUUCGAUUCCAAUCUUCUGCUAUCGGUGCUCUUCAAGAGUCGGCCGAAGCUUAUCUUGUCUCGCUUUUUGAGGACACCAACUUGGCGGCCAUUCACGCCAAACGUGUAACCAUUCAACCCAAAGACAUUCAACUCGCUCGUCGCCUCCGAGGUGAGAGAUCGUGAGGAUGAAAAUGUGACACCUGUUGCUUUCUGUCUUGUCACGCCUCAUCUUGUCUUGGCUGAGACCAAUGCGUCGCCUUCAUGAUAUCAUUGUCACUAUUUUGUUUCUGCUCUUUUCCUUUUUAAGUUUUUUGUUUUAGUCUAUGAUGCCUGUUUUCCGCUAUGACCAACGUUGUAAUCAAGACGAUCAAACGCGGAAGCAUCAACAUCUAUGCUACUAUCCCUUAUUGUAGUCGUUGAUGGCUGACUGCGUUUUGUAAAAGAAAAAUGUCUGGAAGCUCGCAAUUGUAUACCACAUGAAUUGAUCAUUUGAUGUUGUAUGAUGCUACGCACAAUCGCACCCAAACAUGCAAGUUACUCCUGACAUCAGCCGAUCAAACAUGAUCUUCCU